AUGAAGUAUUCUACCAUCGAUCCUAAGGUGUACGGGAUCAAGAUCACAUCAAAACCGCAGACGUCAAUUAACGGGGAUGGGCGUCAACAGAACAGCGGGCAGAAAGCCUCCGGCGAGGCAAACCAUAAGAGUUCAUCUGCGCAGCCGGCUUCGGUCUCAUCUGUCCCCCUUCACACUGCGUCCAACACUAGUCAAAGUGUUGCACAACUUGUCCAACCGACUCGGAAUGAUGAAGUGACUUCAUCGACGGCUGCUUCUGCUUCAUCGAUGGCUACUUCUACUUUAUCGUCCACAGUUAGCCCUCAUCCAACAACACGUGAGCCGGCCACUAUAAAUCAGCAAGCAAAGCUCGGAGCACGAGAACAACGAUUGGCAGAAAAUCGAAAGCGCAGGAGAAGGGACAACAUUGCCGCGGAAGUCGGCCAUGAAGUGGAUUCUGAUGGAGAACGGGAAUAUUGGGAAGCGAUUUCCCGCCGUCAUGCCGCGGAAGAGGCUCGUCGACAGGCACUCUCUCCUGAAGCCCGAAGGCAGGAAGACAUUGAGAGCUCGGCGGAGGUCUUGCGAAACCACAUCAAGCCCAAGUUAAUACUCGACCAUUUUAGCUGUGUCCGCCUACGCCAUUAUCCCCUUUUUCUGCUUCAAACGGCACCUGAUUCGCGCAACGGAGCGAGAUGCAGGCAGCGACACUGCACCGAUCGCAUUGACCCAGGAAAGUAUAGGAUAGCAGUGUCCCCGGGGCUGUGGGAUUCGAGAGGUCCUGACUAUUACCAUGUUAAGUGCUUUGAAGAAUUGCUGGACUUAUCAUCCCCACACUACGUGGCUCGCUUUGAGCCCGACAGGCAGAAACACAUACCGGACCAUGGUGCGCAAUGUAUUCUAGAGGAAUACAUUUCCAGAUGGAAGCUACGAAUUAAGCAAACACCUCACCAUGAGGAUCCACAGCCAUCCCCUGGCGUAGAACAUCUUUUACUAGACAGCUCUAGUACACAGAAAGACUCGGCAAUGGCAAAAGAAGACGCAAGUACAACGGAACAGCAAGUGCCUUCUUCAAAAAUACGUACCGAGCCAGCAGCACCAGAACAGAUCCCUACUUCGCGAAAUGAAAGCCCGAUUCCAACGCCACCCACCUCUGGAGCUGCCGCUCAAUCGGUUUCGGCCUCAAAUCAGACAACUGAAAACGACGUGUGGAACAUAGGAGACUCGCUCUGGGCUCAGGUGCGCCAAGCUGAAGCCGACGCUUCCGAGAGGUACAACAGGAUAAGUGACAUGUUUCUCAUGGUAGAUGACUCGAAAGAUUUGGGCAGCACAUCAACAGACCGAGAUUGUACCUGGCACAUCACACGGUAUCUUCUCCCUGAUGAUGACCCGGAUUAUGACGAGCGCCAUGCACUCAGUGAGGCACUGGCAGACUGGGAUGUAGAUAUUAUUCUGGCAAACACAGACAUGAGCGAACUAACCGAAGCAGGACGCGCGGCGAAGGAAGCACUGGGAGAGCUAACGAUGAAAAGGAUCAAAAAGUACCAGUUUCGAGCUCGCAGGAGAGGGAGACCGGUACCGUCAAAAACAGUGAAGACGCUAUACGACGUUCGAAACUCGAUGCUCUUCGACAAGAAUGCGAUUCAAGUUCUCCGAAAUUCCAUUGACUGUAUCUACAACAUCACUUCAACGUUCCACCAAAUUGGCCAAAUUGGCCAGGAAGCCAGACAGCCUACAGCAGACCAUAUGCUCCAGCUAAAUUUCUGGCACAGGAACAUUAUUGCGCACAUUAAUCGGCUUAAUGACAGGAUAUGUGAUCUUCUCUCGCGUUUUAAAGGGACAGAAUCUGCUGUGAUGCGAAUGCUAUCAUUACGAGAUAGUCGAGCACUAAAUCUUCAUACACAAGAGAUUGCAAUCAUCGCUCGUAACUCAGAAAGUUCAGGCAACGAAAUGCAGGAAAUGGCCAAAAGAAUGGAAAAAGACGCUCGCUUGAUGAAAUUUCUGGCAGAGGUAACUGCAUUUUUCCUCCCUCUAACAGCAGUAGCAUCAGUUUUUAGCAUGGACUUCUUUUCUGUCUCGGAAACUUCGCGAGGGAUUGUACCAAGCCUCGACAAGCUCAAGUACUCCUGGCUGUACUGGGCGUUUGCUUUACCAGUCUCAGGAUUUGUUUGUAUCGUUUGGUUUCGUAAGAGAUUUACCAUCGAGUCGAACUCAACCACGGCUAUGCAAGAGAUCGAGAACCUAGACUCAUCAACAUUUACGGCAACAAGCCAAAGAUCAGACACCAAGAAACGCGCACGACAACUAUGGGAACAACUGAAGAAUAUCGCGAUGAAAAGUAUUCACAAAGGAGAAGACGUUCCUCAGGAUAAAGCGCUCUUACUGAUGUAG